AAUAGAUGCAGUUCAGCCUUAUCACACCUUACAGUUGAGGUUUAAGGCAAACCCAACAAAUCCAAAGAGCAGUUGUUGCUGUGCUUUGCUUUGAUUUGCGAAACCCAGUGAGCAAAAAAAUAAUAGAAGAAAGGUGGAGAGAAGCAAUGGCAGUUCAGAGCAGCAAUGGAGGAUUCUCAUUCAUCUCAUCUUCUCCUAAAAAGAGAAUUAACAAACCUAGUACAGGUUACUCUGCAACAUUUUCACCUUUUCCCCUUUGGUCCAUGGCUACCCAAAAGCCUAAUCUAUCUGCUACUCCAGCUGGUAGCUCUAAAAAGGGUUCAGUGGUCUUCUCUGUUGGUGAUCCAGUACCACGCACUAGCAAUGGGUCUUCCUCUCCCCCUGUAAAACUACUAACUAGAGUGGAGCAAUUGCGUCUACUUACAAAAGCUGAGAAAGCACGGCUAUUAUCUGCGGCAGAGAACUUUGGUCUCUCCCUGUCUACCAUAGAGAAAUUGGGGGUCCUCUCAAAAGCAGAGGAGUUUGGGGUGUUAUCAGCUGCAACAGACCCAGGGACACCAGGAGCUCUCUUCAGUGUGAGCCUGGGACUGCUAAUUCUGGGACCUCUCUGUGUUUAUAUUGUGCCUGAAGAAUACCCAUGGGAGGUGGUAUUACAAGUUUUAGUAGCUGUGAUCUCCGUUGUUGGAGGAUCUGCAGCUUUUGCUGCAUCAAAUCUUGUAUCCAACCUGCAGAAAUCAAGCUGAUUCCAUUUGAACUUUUCAUGUUAAUAUAUAUUGAUUCAGUAUCAUAAUUAGGUAGAGACUGCUGCCCAGAUGAUUUUUGUAAGAACUGAAUUAAAGAAUGCCCAAGGUUUGUCAACAUUCAAAA